UACUGUACUCUAUACCAUCUACUGCAUCUUGCCUAUGCCGUUCUGUACCAUCACUCAUUCAUAUAUCUUUAUGUACAUAUUCUUUAUCCCUUUACACUUGUGUGUAUAAGGUAGUAGUUGUGGAAUUGUUAGGUUAGAUUACUUGUUGGUUAUUACUGCAUUGUCGGAACUAGAAGCACAUUUCGCUACACUCGCAUUAACAUCUGCUAACCAUGUGUAUGUGACAAAUACAAUUUGAUUUGAUUUGAUUUGAUUUACAUGAUGAAGUAAAUUCUAAAUUGCAUCUCUAACCAAGAAUAAGAUAGGGGUUUAUUUGCAGUACGGUUAUUACUGCUUAUUACCUGUUAUUACUGCUUACUAGUACUUCUACCGGUUGUUGACUGUAUGGUUAGGAAGUACCAUAAAAACUAUUGUAACCUCCUAGCUAUAUUCCCUUAGUGAUCAAAUUACAUUUAUUUAUAAAGCCCUUUUUUACAUCAGCAGAUGUCAUAAAGUGCUUAUACAGAAACCCAGCCUAUAAAUCUAAACCACAAGCAAUGCUGAUGUAGAAGCAUUGUGGCUAGGAAAAACUCCCUAGAAAGGCAGGAGCCUAGGAAGAAACCUAGAGAUGAACCAGGCUCUGAUAUCUUGGGAGUCUGUUUUUGGUUCACGUUUUCUCCGUGUGGAGGCUGGCUAGGGGGCGUGAGUAAGGCUGUUAUCAGGCCCAGCAGUGCUGAACCGACCAGGGGCCAGCCCUGGGUGGGAAAGGGCAGGGCUGGGUGCCCAUGGCAGGCUGUCUCCUCCAGUGUAGAUAACUUUGUUCUGUGCUCAGAGAGAUGACAUCAUGAAGGAUGGCGAUGAAGAUGUCGGCGCAGAGAUGGGAAGCGUUAUCUGCUGCCCUUCACUAACAAUGCCACCUAGCGGACACACACACACACACACACACACACACACACACACACACACACACACACACACACACACACACACACACACACACACACUAGGCCUUACAUAAUAUUUACGAUUGGUGCUCCAGGCCAGAACUCAUGGGGAACUGCAGAUCCACUUUCUCCCAGAUGUUGUCAACAAAAAGUUAUUCCAUAAGACAAUUCCAAGAGCUGUUUACCCAGUGGCAUUCUGCCAAAUUAAGAUAUCUAAUAAUGUUGGAUGAAUGAUACUGCAACACUCAUGAAGGUGUUAUGACUGGUUUUUAUAAAGAUGUUAGGAAUGCCUUAAAUAUGUUAUGAAUGCCCCUUUGAAGUCAAAUGUUACCCAGAGAUUUAGUGAUCUAUUAUCUCCUGUGCCUUCUCAUACAGUGGGCUACCUCUGUCAGACAUGGUCUGUGUUGGGAGCCAGGGAUGGUGGUGGUGUGUGUAUUUAGGGUGGGAGGUGUUUAAAAAGCAGACACAGUGGCACAACUUAGCCAUAUCAUAUAGAAGUGAGGGACUGCACAUUACAGGGGUGUAUCUACUCACAAAAACAAAAGCCUCUCAAACUUGAAGAAAUAUUGGAGCUACAUUUAAACCACUCUUAAGAAAGAUUUAAUUUCAUCUGGACUCUUCACUCUGUAAGUAUGACCAUAUAGUGUAUACAUGUAUAUUGUAUGAAGAAAUUAGACUGACAACACAUUUUGAUCAUCACAAUAAUAGUUUUGUACUUUUUGUACAAAAGUUAGAAGUUUAGUUAGUUAGCUACUUAUAGUUAUAGGGAAAUCAAUAAAAUAAGUUAUGUAAACAUAUACAUAUAUUUUUUAAAGUACUUCUAGGGCCCGAUUUCGGGGACUGUCAGAUUAAGAGGUUUUAACCAGCUCAAAUUGUAACCAACAGUAGAUGUGACAAACAUGGACAGUGCAUUGGCCAGGGACCACUCCUAGUCAUCAUGAUCAUACAGCAGAUUAUCCUAAAUGAUCCAAUAUAAAAUGAUUCACCUUAAAAACAUGUUUUUUUUUUAUGUCUCCGUACAGUCCUUUGAAGUUGACUGGCGGAGAUCAGUUAACAGUUUUGUAAUACACACUCACUAAUCACUCUCAAAGUCACACUUUGGCUCCUCGCACAGUUCUUAAUCAGUGAUGGCUUGUUUCAUCCUACAGACUAGUAUCUGGCUGACCUAGAUCAGCUAUGGAGGCUACUCAUUGUCUAAUGCCAAUUCAACUGUUUGGUUUGGUCACAGAUGGGCUAAUACUGAAUGUAUAGGUUGAUAAAGCUAUUAGCCAUACAGUAUGGUAUGGUAACCUAGUUCAUCAAGAGUCAGUCUGAGCCUAAGUGUUCAAAUUUUAAAGUGCGAUGAUGACUCAAAUAUAAGAGGCUUUUAGACUCAGUUCGUUGCAAAAAUGUGUUAAAAAAUAUUCUUACUAUCAUUUCUGCCGCUGACACUCACUAACCUCCUGGGUGAUACCACACAUACUGUAGUAGAGCACUGGUGAGGUUCCAGAUAGAACAGCUCUAGGAUGAGCUUACCUCCUUCAUUGUCUGGCUCCAUCUGUUUGUGUUUUAGCCAACUCCUCUGACUAUUCAUGUAUGACAUGACAAUGAUAAUCUAAGGAGUUGACUGAAGCAGAUCUGGGACCGGACACCUCAUUUGAUCCUAACCUUAACCAUUAGGGACCAAACUGACCUUAGGUCAGUGUCUUAACGGACACUUCAUCCUCCUCAACUGGGGCUUGUGGGACUCCUCUCUCAGACAGGAUGUGUCGCAUCAUCAACUUCCUGCUGGCUCUGCUGAGCCGUUUCCUGUUUGCUGUGCAUGGAGUGGUGACCGUGUGGCGUGUGGUCGCCGUCAAAGGGGAGCCCCUCUAUUGGCUGCUGCUGAUGGGCGUGGCUCUGCUGGGUGUGGAGAUGGCAGUCACCAUCAAGUGUACCCGCAAUGCAGAGUGGAAAUGGUUCUCCCCCAUGGUUUUCCUCUACCUCAGUACCGUCAUCCCCUCCAUUUGGUUCCUGGAGCUCAGCCUGCUGCAGUACAAGCUCCCUGUCAACAUCUCCUCUGGCCCCGAGCUAGAAGAGCUGCUGGCUCACAUCCCCAUCUCAGCGGACAUCUUGCAGCUGGACCCAGAGAACUGGGCGGCAGGGCUGGAGCAGACCAUGCUCAUCGUACUGGUGCUGGGCCGCUGGCUUAUGCCCAAAGGAGACAUGUCCCGCGACCAGCUCUCCCAGCUCCUCAUGGUCUACGUGGGCCUGGGCGCUGACAUCCUGGACAUCUUUGACACCUUCAAGGAGCCCGAGGUCAAGACCAACCGGGCCGUCAUCAUUAUGGGCCUUGCCCUCUUUUCCUGGGCCCUCAUGCAGUUCCCCUUGGUUCUGACCCAGACCAGCCCCCCCAAGGCCCAUCUCCAGCCCUGUUUGUCCCAGCCCGGCUCCCCCCAGUGGGGCCUCUCUCAGGAGGGAAGUGUGGCUGUAGUGGAGGGACUGCCUGGAGCUCCCCCCUCCUGCUAUACACCGUGCUCCUCCAGUGAAGUGUGGAGUCUGCUGUUGACUGUGGGGCUCCAGGACGGGCCGUUCCUCAUCUAUCGCCUCUACCUCAUGAUCAGGGAGAACGUUCUCAACCAGCUAAUGAUCUUCUUCACCUGUAAAAACAUCCUUGUCGUCCUGCUGGAGUUCUACAGGAUCUUUGUGGUGCAGUGUGAGCAGCAGGGGGAGGCCUGCCAAGGGGGGCUGGAGAGGUGUGCAAUGCCCUGGUGCCAACAAGCCCAGGAGGAGGAGGUGGAGGGAAGACGACAGGAGAGUGGAGAACAGAACUGGUCGGGAUAG